CGGCAGCGGAAGUGACGUCUGAAACAGGCGCCGGCGGUGGGGUGGCGCCGGCUUGGGUGGUAUGGUGAUGAAUAUCCGCUUGCAGGAGAUCCGGGAGCGGCAGAAGUUGCGGCGGCAGCUCCUGGCCCAGCAGUUAGGAGCUGAAAAUGCUGACAGCAUCGGCGCAGUAUUGAACAGUAAAGAUGACCAGAGGGAAAUUGCAGAAACAAGGGAAACCUGCAGGGCUUCUUAUGAUACCUCAGCACCAGGUUUAAAACGCAAAUAUCCAGAUGAGGGGGAGGCUGACGAAGAAGAAAUUGAAGAUUAUAAGGAUGAAGUAGAGCUGCAGCAAGAUGAAGAGAACCUGCCCUAUGAAGAAGAGAUUUACAAAGAUUCCAGUACCUUCCUUAAGGGAACCCAGAGCUUAAAUCCUCACAAUGAUUAUUGCCAGCACUUCGUGGAUACCGGGCACAGGCCUCAGAACUUUAUCAGAGAUGUGGGCUUAGCAGACAGGUUUGAAGAAUAUCCAAAACUUCGAGAACUCAUUAGACUGAAGGAUGAGCUAAUUGCUAAAUCUAACACUCCCCCCAUGUAUUUACAAGCAGACUUGGAGGCUUUUGACAUUAGGGAACUAAAAUCCAAGUUUGAUGUGAUUCUGUUGGAACCUCCAUUGGAAGAAUAUUACAGAGAGACUGGCAUCACAGCCAAUGAAAAAUGCUGGACUUGGGAUGAUAUUAUGAAACUGGAAAUUGAAGAGAUUGCAGCCCCAAGAUCAUUUGUCUUUCUAUGGUGUGGCUCAGGAGAGGGCCUGGAUCUUGGCAGAGUGUGUCUACGCAAGUGGGGUUACAGACGAUGUGAAGAUAUCUGCUGGAUAAAAACUAAUAAAAACAACCCUGGGAAGACUAAAACGCUGGACCCUAAAGCUGUGUUCCAAAGAACAAAGGAGCACUGCCUUAUGGGAAUUAAAGGAACAGUUCGCCGCAGUACCGAUGGUGACUUCAUUCAUGCUAAUGUUGAUAUUGACUUAAUUAUCACAGAAGAACCUGAAAUUGGCAACAUAGAAAAACCUGUAGAGAUCUUUCACAUCAUCGAACACUUCUGCCUCGGAAGACGACGGCUUCACCUUUUCGGAAGGGAUAGUACUAUCCGCCCAGGCUGGCUGACUGUGGGACCUACCCUCACAAACAGUAACUUUAAUGCGGAGACAUAUGCAUCCUACUUUACUGCUCCAAAUUCUCAUCUGACUGGCUGUACAGAAGAGAUCGAGAGACUUCGACCAAAAUCGCCACCUCCCAAAACGAAGUCAGACCGGGGAGGUGGAGCUCCCCGGGGCGGAGGCAGAGGUGGAACUUCAGCUGGCCGGGGAGAAAGGGGCAGAGAGAGGAACAGAACUAACUUCCGGGGUGAAAGGGGUGGAUUCAGAGGAGGCCGUGGAGGUACCCACAGGGGAGGUUUCCCGGCACGCUGAUUACAUUUGAGUCUUUAGUUCUCCCCUUCUCCAUAUUUUUUUUUAGCCUUGUUUCUGCUGAGGCGAAUUAUUUUUGGGUCUUGGCCUACAUGACUUUUUCAAUUGAUUGUAUUCCCUUCAAGCAGUCCCAAAUACUCUGCCUUCCCACAUCUGGGAAAUCACUUCACUUGGAGGCAAGAUGCAGCACUUGAUGGCACUGACCAAAAAGCCUCCUAGCAGUUUUCAUUCACCUGGAAGGUGAUCAGAACAAAGAGGAAGCAUCAGCUGGGCUGUCUCCUCAAACCCCAUAUAGGAUUGAAGAAGAGUUGUCUGCUUUGCUCUUUUUCAGACUUCAAGGUGUUUUUUUCUUUUAAUUGUUUUCCUCAUAAACACUGAAUGCAUUCCCCCUCCCAUUCUGUCAAUGCCAUUUUUCUUCCCAAUGUUAACAUGCCACUGCGGAGGAAUGCCAUUCUCAAUUGCAUGGCAGUAACAUAGACUUGAAAUUGCUAGAAAGGAAUGUGAAGAAAUCUGCUGUGGGCCCAUAAUGGCAUUUAUUCCAUCUUCUCUUAUAUUCUUAAACUUACGGGAAUAAUAUUGAAUAAAUAGAGCUCUAUUUUUUUCUAUUUGUUUUACGUUUCCCUAACCACUUUUGAGAGCAGUUCUAGUAUUUUUUGACUUGUCAUAUGUAUUUAAUAUUUUUUUAAUCUUUGGUUAACAAACCCUAUUUAUGUGGUCACUUGUAAUGCUUCAUGGAAAGCAAAAAGUGACUGACAUCUGUAAUCAGUCCAGAACCUCUGUUUGCUUAGGCAUGGAUUGUUUUUCAGUAGGGUUUUCACCCACUGCCUGCUAAUGGUCUUCUUUUUACCUAGAGAAAUCAAAGUUUUAUUGCAAAAUAUAUUCAAUAUGUACGGUGGGGAGGAAGUUAUGAUGGAGGGGAAAGAUAAGAACACUGUAAUGAGGAAAAUAUCUUUCCAGAGAAAUCUGGACAAAUGCUGCCUGUGUAAACAGGGUUCUGUGGUUUGACAGUUCUUAAAAACUGAUGUGGGGGUGAGUAUGCAUUAUAGGAGGUCUGCUCCAGCAUACAGCUUGUAAGGAAAAGCACAACUGCUUUCCAUUUAUUUGUUUUUAGAAAAGCUAGACCUGUAAAGCUGUUUACAAUAUUUGACACACGAACAAAACCAGGGGACUCUUGCUAUGGACUUUGCAGUGACUAGAAUACGUCUCUAAGUCUCUGGUACUUUUCAGUUGCUAAAGCCCAACUUUUAAAAUAGUACCCUGUAAAGUGAUGAAGUUACAUUUAUUUGAGUACUCUUUUUGAUAAACCUUUCCUAUUAACUACUGGUUUUCUUUUGGUUUUAUUGAAAUGCUUUUUUUUUUUUGGUCAUGCUACUUCUCUCUUAAAGUGGCAUUCUGGUUUUCUGUUUUGACAGUUCAGCUUUCAGGAAAGGAACAGGGAGUUCUUACUGCCUUGCUGGGUGAGAUCUCAGGGAAUUUUAACAUUAAAUAAAGCAAGCUAUUACUUUAA